GGCGCCUGGCUCCCGGAAGCGGCUGCUUCACAGGCUCCAGCGGAGCAGACAGGCGUGGCGGCCGGAGCCCCAGCAUCCCUGCUCGCGGUCCAGGAGCGGAGCCCGCGGCCACCGCCGCCUGAUCAGCGCGACCCCGGCCCGCGCCCGCCCCGCCCGGCAAGAUGCUGCCCGUGUACCAGGAGGUGAAGCCCAACCCGCUGCAGGACGCGAACCUCUGCUCCCGCGUGUUCUUCUGGUGGCUCAAUCCCUUGUUUAAAAUUGGCCAUAAACGGAGAUUAGAGGAAGAUGAUAUGUAUUCAGUGCUGCCGGAAGACCGCUCACAGCAUCUUGGAGAGGAGUUGCAAGGGUUCUGGGAUAAAGAAGUUUUAAGAGCUGAGAAUGACGCACAGAAGCCUUCUUUAACAAGAGCAAUCAUAAAGUGUUACUGGAAAUCUUAUUUAGUUUUGGGAAUUUUUACGUUAAUUGAGGAAAGUGCCAAAGUAAUCCAGCCCAUAUUUUUGGGAAAAAUUAUUAAUUAUUUUGAAAAUUAUGAUCCCAUGGACUCUGUGGCUUUGAACGCAGCAUACGCCUAUGCCACGGUGCUAACUUUUUGCACGCUCAUUUUGGCUAUACUGCAUCACUUAUAUUUUUAUCAUGUUCAGUGUGCUGGGAUGAGGUUACGAGUAGCCAUGUGCCAUAUGAUUUAUCGGAAGGCACUUCGUCUUAGUAACAUGGCCAUGGGGAAGACAACCACAGGCCAGAUAGUCAAUCUGCUGUCCAAUGAUGUGAACAAGUUUGAUCAGGUGACAGUGUUCUUACACUUCCUGUGGGCAGGACCACUGCAGGCGAUCGCAGUGACUGCCCUACUCUGGAUGGAGAUAGGAAUAUCGUGCCUUGCUGGGAUGGCAGUUCUAAUCAUUCUCCUGCCCUUGCAAAGCUGUUUCGGGAAGUUGUUCUCAUCACUGAGGAGUAAAACUGCAGCUUUCACGGAUGCCAGGAUCAGGACCAUGAAUGAAGUUAUAACUGGCAUAAGGAUAAUAAAAAUGUACGCCUGGGAAAAGUCAUUUUCAGAUCUUAUUACCAAUUUGAGAAAGAAGGAGAUUUCCAAGAUUCUGAGAAGUUCCUACCUCAGAGGGAUGAAUUUGGCUUCUUUUUUCAGUGCAAGCAAAAUCAUCGUGUUUGUCACCUUCACCACCUACGUGCUCCUUGGCAAUGUGAUCACAGCCAGCCGUGUGUUCGUGGCAGUGACACUGUAUGGGGCUGUGCGGCUGACGGUCACCCUCUUCUUCCCCUCAGCCAUUGAGAGGGUGUCAGAGGCAAUCGUCAGCAUCCGAAGAAUCCAGACCUUUUUGCUACUUGAUGAGAUAUCACAGCGCAACCGUCAGCUGCCGUCAGAUGCUAAAAAGAUGGUGCAUGUGCAGGAUUUUACCGCUUUUUGGGAUAAGGCAUCAGAGACCCCAACUCUACAAGGCCUUUCCUUUACUGUCAGACCUGGCGAAUUGUUAGCUGUGGUCGGCCCCGUGGGAGCAGGGAAGUCAUCACUGUUAAGUGCCGUGCUCGGGGAAUUGGCCCCAAGCCACGGGCUGGUCAGCGUGCAUGGAAGAAUUGCCUAUGUGUCUCAGCAGCCCUGGGUGUUCUCGGGAACUCUGAGGAGUAAUAUUUUAUUUGGAAAGAAAUACGAAAAGGAACGAUAUGAAAAAGUCAUAAAGGCUUGUGCUCUGAAAAAGGAUUUACAGCUGUUGGAGGAUGGUGAUCUGACUGUGAUAGGAGAUCGGGGAACCACGCUGAGUGGAGGGCAGAAAGCACGGGUAAACCUUGCAAGAGCAGUGUAUCAAGAUGCUGACAUCUAUCUCCUGGACGAUCCUCUCAGUGCAGUAGAUGCGGAAGUUAGCAGACACUUGUUCGAACUGUGUAUUUGUCAAACUUUGCAUGAGAAGAUCACAAUUUUAGUGACUCAUCAGUUGCAGUACCUCAAAGCUGCGAGUCAGAUUCUGAUAUUGAAAGAUGGUAAAAUGGUGCAGAAGGGGACUUACACUGAGUUCCUAAAAUCUGGUAUAGAUUUUGGCUCCCUUUUAAAGAAGAACAAUGAGGAAAGUGAACAACCUCCAGUUCCAGGAACUCCCACACUGAGGAAUCGUACCUUCUCAGAGUCUUCGGUUUGGUCUCAACAAUCUUCUAGACCCUCCCUGAAAGAUGGUGCUCUGGACAGCCAAGAUACAGAGAAUGUCCCAGUUACACUAUCAGAGGAGAACCGUUCUGAAGGAAAAGUUGGUUUUCAGGCCUAUAAGAAUUACUUCAGAGCUGGUGCUCACUGGAUUGUCAUCAUUUUCCUUAUUCUCCUAAACACUGCAGCUCAGGUUGCUUAUGUUCUUCAAGAUUGGUGGCUUUCAUACUGGGCAAACAAACAAAGUAUGCUAAAUGUCACUGUAAAUGGAGAAGGAAAUGUAACCGAGAAGCUAGAUCUUAACUGGUACUUAGGAAUUUAUUCAGGUUUAACUGUAGCUACCGUUCUUUUUGGCAUAGCAAGAUCUCUAUUGGUAUUCUAUGUCCUUGUUAACUCUUCACAAACUUUGCACAACAAAAUGUUUGAGUCAAUUCUGAAAGCUCCGGUAUUAUUCUUUGAUAGAAAUCCAAUAGGAAGAAUUUUAAAUCGUUUCUCCAAAGACAUUGGACACUUGGAUGAUUUGCUGCCGCUGACGUUUUUAGAUUUCAUCCAGCUGGAGUGCAGUGGUGUGAUCUCAGCUUCCGGUUGCAAGUGAUUCUCCUGCCUCAGCCUCCCAAGUAGCUGGGAUUACAGGUGCCCACGACCACGCCUAGCUAUAUUUUGUAUUUUUAGUAGAGACGGGGUUUCACCGUGUUGGCCAGGCUGGUCUCAAACACCUGACCUUGUGAUCCGCCCUCCUUGGCCUCCCAAAGUGCUGGGAUUACAGGUGUGAGCCACCGCGCCCGGACUUAGUGUUCUUAAAACACUUUGGUUUAUAAUUUUCCUUUCUUUGGUUUUUAUAUCAGGAUAAUGCUGGAUUCCAAUUCUCUAGAAGAAUUUGAUAAAACUUCUGCAAAAUCAUCUUGUGACCCAUCUUUGUUUUUUCUAUGGGAAAUUUUUGUGUCAUGAAUUCGUAUUCUUAAAUUCAAUAAUAGAAUUAUUCAGAUUUAGGUUUUUUAUUAUGUCAGUCUUUGCCCAUCAUUUUUCCAGAAAUUUGCCUUUUGCAUCAAAAUUUUUAAUUUAUUUAUUGGACUGGUGUUUAUUAUGUAUUCUUUUAAAUGCCUGUAGUACCUCUUCUGUUAUUCCCUGUUAAUUCAUGAUAAUCAUAAUUUUCCUCUCUUUUUUUCUUGAUUAGUCUUUUCGAAAUUAUUGAUUUCAUCAGUUUUUUUUAUAUAAUGAGGCUUUGGGUUUGUUGAUUUUUCUCCUUCAAAUUAGUUUUCUAUUUAAUCAUUUUCUUCUUUUUUCUAAUUUCCAUUUUUCUCAGAUUUUAAUUUAAUAUGCUACUCAUUUUUCUAUCUUUGUAAGGUAUAUUUUUAGAUCCUUCAUUUUAACCUCUCUUUAAAAAAAAGUUUGAAGGAAUAAUUUUACUUGUAAACAGCAUUAGUUGCAGUCCUGAAAUUUUAAUAUUAUUGUUUUCAUUUUCUUUUAUUUGAAAAGUUUCUAAUUUUAUUGUAAUUUAUUUGAAACAGGUGUUAUAUAGAAAUAUAUUGCUGAAUUCCUAACAUUUCUAGUUACAUUUCUAAUUACAUUGAUUUCUUGUUAAAUCCACAUAUGUCAGAAUAUAUUCUGUAUAAUUUCUGUCUCUUGAAGUUUGAUGAUACUUGCUUUAUGGCAUAAUAAAGAUGCACUUGAAAAGUGUGUAUUGUGCAGUUAUUGGCUAUAGUAUUGUAGCCUUUAGGUUAUCAUUAAGUCAAGUUUAUUAAUCAUGUUUUCAAAUUUUCUCUAUCGAUUUUUAUGUGCUUAUUAUAUCAGUUAUUAAGAUAAGUGGGUUAAAACUUAGCUUUUAUUUCCACUUUUAUAUGCCUUUUUUUAAGGUAUGUAUUUUUAAGGUAGCAUAUAGAUGGACUUCAGCCUUGAAUUUCAUAAUAAACAUUAACAUGGAAAAAAUGUACAAAGGAAACCAUCUAUCAGUGAGAUAUGCUGACCACAAAGGAAAGAAGAGGUGCACCACAUUGCUCUAAUGCCUUACACCAUUCACUCUUCAUUGGAGUUAGCUGGGACUCAGGAUUAAGCACUAACUGAAGUCCGACACAGGUACCAGCGCUGGAUGUCAAAAGAUCAGAUUAGCAUAUGAGGGAUAAAAGGAGUGAUUAAUGUAUCCCAAGGGAAGGACAAGUUUAGAAAAGCUUAGAGAAUGUUUGUUUAGAUCUUGUCAUACACAGAAGACAUACCAACGCUCCAUAAAGUUCUGAUUUAAAGGCAUUCACUGGGUUGGAUGAGGUAACAAAAAAAACAAGUGUAAAGUAGAGAUCUCCCCAGGUGGGACCUGGGAACCAGAGUUGACCUCUGAACUCCCUGAGGCAGGUGAGGUGCCACAGUAGCACAUAAUUUACAUCUGCUGACUUAGUGCUGAUGCUGUCAGUAUUUGGGUUUAGGAGCUUACAUUUAAGUGUCUUCCAUAUUGUCCCUUUUGCUUCUAUUCAUCCUGUAAUCGAAGGUAAUGAUAAUGAUUUGACAGAAUUACAUUUUUAUUUCUUAAUAUUCUUAUAGGUUUGUAUACCCUGUUCAUAAUUUUAGUGGCUCCAGAAGAAAUCCUGUAUCAGCCAGGAGCACAACCUGUUAUGUUAGUCAUUUUAUUGAGAAGUAGGUUUUUUUUUUUUUUGAGACAGUCUUGCUCUGUCACCCAGGCUGGAGUGCAGUGGCAUGAUCUCGGCUCACUGCAAGCCUCAGCCUCCCAAGUAGCUGGGAUUUCAAGCAUGCACCACCACGCCCAGCUAAGUUUUUGUGUUUUUAGUAGAGAUGGGAUUUCGCCAUGUUGCCCAGGCUGGUGUCGAGCUCAGGCAAUCUGCCUGCCUUGGCCUCCCGAAGUGUUAGGAUUAUAGGCGUGAGCCACCACACUCUGCCAGCUUUUGUUUGUUUGUUGUUUAUUUGUUUUUUGUUUUAGUCUCGUGUUCCCAAAAUAAAUAAGUAGAAGAAUUUCUUCUGCCACCCUAUCAGUAAACACCUUACUGAUCAAAAACUAGUGGGCAAUUUUUUUCUUUCUAAAUCAGAAGAAAAUCUUGCCAUACUCUCUCGCCAAGAAGUGAACCCUGCUUUGUUUAUUACACCUAAGAUUUGUCUUCUGCGAAGUCAGUAGUCGUUUAAAGCAAUCUGGACGAUUUGUACUUAUCACAACUUAGAACACGAUUCUUCAGUGGCUGACAGCAGAUUUAAAGCUUUCCAGUUUCUAUGAGGUGUUAGCCACCUUAAUAAUCCUGAUUUUAUGUUUUAAUACCAUAAACAAAUCAUGAAAGUACCAUCUACUGAUUAAGUGGCCUCAUGAUUAAAUACAUAUUUCAUCUUGUACCUAACAGAAGGCUGACAGAGAGAGGGAGAGUUCAAAUAAGGAAUAGAAUGAGCCAGAAGGAUGGAUGGCAUUUUUAUUUGCAGAAAAUAGGAAUACAUUUUUACUGCUGUUUAUAGAAAACAUGUUCAUUGGCACAAGCUUCACAAAGACUAGCAGGAACAGAAUCCCACAAAAUGAAGUUUAAAGUAAAUAGUGGAUAGAUACCUAAAAAUGUCUCCAGGACUCAAAGCAGUUUGGUGGUUAAAUGCCAAACAGGCAUUGUAGUUAAAAUUAUGCUUGUUAAAAGAAUAUGUUCCAUUCUAUAAUGUUCGGAUACAAAAUUAAUUCUAGAAGAGUCUGCCUGGGGAAAUUUUAUAUUUUUCACUACCAUUCAAAUAUAGAUAUUGAAUAUGAAAUGUAUUCAACCUUCAUUUUGUGUCCUGAGGUUUUAUAUAUUUAUUAAAAUGUGGUUCUUUUUUUCUUAAGUCAUUUUGUUUUCUGGGUCUAGAACUCAUCUUUUUAUAAGACUUUUAAAUGUAAACAAUAAUUCUUAAAUCAAUAUGUGUUGCCAUGUUCUAUUAGCAAAUAUUUUAAGACUUUUUAAAGAUCAGCUCUUCUUUUUGAGCUGAGAAGUCUGUUAUUUCCUAAUUAGCUGGGAGCCUGGGAUUGGUCUCCUCAUUGAGAGACCAGAUAUAACCACACACACACACACACACACACACACACACACACACACACACACACACACACACACACACACACACACACACAAAAUAACCUAAAAAACCAGAAAAUUCAGAAAACAAAAAUAUAAAAAAUACAGGUAUAUUUCGGUAUUAAAUGUUUUUAAAAAUAUGAAUCAUGUAUGUAGGAUAUAGUAUCUUGCAGUGAUUAAGAGAACAGGUAUAAGGUCAGUAUGACUGAAUUUUCUAUCCUUGAGGAAGUUACUGAACCUCUCUGACACUCAGUUUCCUCCUGUGUAAAUGGAGAUGAUAAUCCCUCCUAUUUAGAUUUGAUAUGAGAGUGAAGUUAGAUAAUGGAUGCGAAAUACAUAUGUACUAAGGUUUGAAUAUAAGCAAGCCUCAUGACAUGUUGCCUCUUCUUGGUUUUUGGGAGGGCAGGGCAGUUGUACCUUUCUUUGGCUGUCGGCUAGGUACAGAAAAUUGUGGGUGGCCUAGUGGGCCAGAUGCUGGGCUGGUGGGUCAAGAUGCAGGUGGUGGUUCUGAGAAGACACACACAGAACUGCCUGUGUUCCCGCAGCAAGCAAACUGUAAUUGCGACCCGCAAGUGACUAUUUAUGCUGUACUUUCUGGUUGUCUGUUAAACCUGCCUGUGAAAAUCAGUUGUAAGUCUUCCUUAGAAACCUCUACAAAGUGUGCAUGUAUUCCUCCUUAUAUUUCUUUUUGUUUGUUUGUUUGUUUUGUUUUUUGAGAGGUAGUCUCACUCUCUCGUCCAGGCUGGAGUGCAGUGGCACCAUUUCGGCUCACUGCAACCUCCAGCUCCCAGGUUCAGGCAGUUCUCCUCCCUCAGCCUCUCAAGUAGCUGGGGUUACAAAUAUGUGGCACCACACCCGGCUAUUUUUUUUGUUUUUUGUUUUUUUUCAGUAGAGAUAGGGUUUCACCACAUUGGCUAGGCUGGUCUCAAACUCCUGACCUCAGGUGAUCCACCCGCCUCUGCCUCCCAAAGUGCUGGGAUUACAGGCGUGAGCCACCACACCCGGCCUCUCCUUAUAUUUCUCUAGCACUCUGUACUUUCUGCUGAAGUCAUGUACUUUUGUGUAAGACAGUGAACUUUGAGGCCUCAGAGCAUGUGUAACGUGAAUCUGCACGUCCCCCACUGUUCUAUCCUUCUCAAGAAGCAAGCGUUGUGGUUUCAGAGUAGGUAGGGACUAACCUGAGUUGCACUCAUAUUUCCCAAAGCCAUAGACCAUGAUAUCACACGUUUCCUAAUAAAGAUGAAUACUGAAAUGAGCAUCAUCCAGUGUCUUGGGUUUUUAUGCUUCUUGCUUUUGUUUUUAUAUUUCACCUUUUAGACCAAGGUAAUUUCCAAAGAUAAUGUCACCUUGCUGGGUGAGGUGAUGGGUAAGUGAACAUUCACAGACCUGUUAGCACGGUGCCUUGCAUGUGCUCAUAAAUGUCAUUUGCUGUUGUUAUCAUGUGCCUCUGAAAUAGAUAUUUGAAAUAGUCUCCUAAUCGUGGAAAAUUUAAUGCAUAUCCAAGUGUUAAAGCUAAAAAAAAAAAACCCUGUUAGACAUUUUAACUUGUUUUCGUGUUAUCAAACCUCUUCCUCAAUGCUACUAAACGUAAGAGAAAUAGAAGACAAAAAUUUCUGACAAUAUAAAAUUCAAUAUAUUGUAAUAAAAAGAAAAAAGUCUCAGGUCUUUUAAAACAUGUAAAAUUUUAUUACAUUUCUCUUAUCUGUUCUUUAUUGGGCAUGUUAAUGAACUCUAAUUUCUUAUGUAAGUGUGUUUAGAGGAAAAAUUAAAGACAAAUUCAGUUUAUCCUGACCAAUAAAAAGCUAGCCAUAUGCUGGGGACAAGCUAAAAUGUAGUGGCUGACAAUGCAUGCUCCUCAGCUCUGUGACUGGUGCUGUGUGUUCUUGAUCAAGUUACUUUUUUCUCCCUGUGCCUCAGUGUCUCCAUCUGUAAAAUGGUGUGGUAAUACUACUUCAUAGGGAUAUUGUGAGAUUUAAGUGAGUUGAUACAUGUGUAUUUAAUAUACAGCCAGAUACACACAAUCGGCAUUCAGUAAAUGUUAGCAAAGGAUAGAUACCAAGAGAGACGACUCCCCACUUCCAAAGGUGAAGAUUUAAAUUAUUUCCUUUUUUUCUGAGCACUGAAUUUGCAAUUAGUCACUUCCUUAUCUCGUGCAUAGCUGAGGCUUCUGGGUUCCUUGUCUAUGAUGCCUGCUUGCUCAUUUCCCUGAUAACAUCAACUGACUCAUGAUAGUUUGGGAUUCAAGUCCUACUCUAAAUCUCAGUUUUCUUAUCCAUUAAAUAGGGAAAGUAAUAAUGCCUGACUCAUGAGGCUGGUGAGUGUUUCAAAAGAACUAAUGGGGGCCUGGUGUGGUGGCUCACACUCAUAAUUCCAGCACUUUGGGAGGCAGAGGUGGGCAUAUCACUUGAGAUCAGGAGUUGGAGACCAGCCUGGCCAAUAUGGUGAAACCCCAUCUCUACUAAAAAUACAAAAAUUAGUCGGGCAUGGUGACAUGCACCUGUAGUCCCAGCUACUCAGGAAACUGAGGCAGGAGAAUCACUUGAACAUGGGAGUGGGAGGCUGCAGUGAGAGGAGAUGGCACCACUGCACUCCAACCUGGGCGACAGAGCAAGACUCCAUCUCAAAAAAAAAAAAAAGAAAAAAAAAACAAAAAACGAAUGGGUAAGUUUAUAUCAUAGUGUUUGGCACAUGGCCGGCAUGUAAUAGAUAUCAUCAGAACCACCUAUACUUUUGUUAUUCCUUUGGAUGGAAAAGCAGUCCCUGGUACUACAAUAAGUCUUUUGGGGAAAGGAGUAUAAUCCUAACAACAACUCGAAGUAUUUUUGAAAAGAAUACUUGAUAAGGAAAACCUGCAUCUACUUCUGCUGUUUCAGACACUGCUACAAGUGGUCGGUGUGGUCUCUGUGGCUGUGGC